AUGACAAGCUCAGGAUAUUCAUUUUCACGACAAGGUUCAGCAUCUGCCGAUUGUAGAAGUGUACACAGUCAUGGCAGCAUGAGUGCAUGGGAAAGUGUCAUUGGACAUGAUGAUCCAACAGUUCCCAUCAACAACUGCAAGGAAGAUCAAGCUCUUGAUAUUCCGGACUCGGCCACUAUUGACUCCUUUGUCACGCAACCUGAAGAAAAUAGAGAUGUCUGUGAGACAUUCAGUGACAAAGAGCCAUCGGAACGAUCCGAAAGGAAGGGGUUGAGAGAUCAGCUAACCGAGCUCGACAAAACCGAGAAAGACUGGCAAGACAAGUUAUCACAGCCAGAGAGGUCUCACAAUACACGAGCUACUAGAGAAUGCAGUUCAGAGACAGUCAACGAAUCAAAAGACACUUCAACCCGCUCAGAGAAACUGCAACUUCUCGAGAUCCAUUCGAUCGACGAAAAUGAAGCAUUGGACAUUGUUGCUGAGGACCGUCAACCACCCUCGCCCAACGAAGCUAACAACGAAGAGCCAUCGAACGGUAUCACUACGAAUGAGAUUGUGAGACAGGUUCAAAAACGCUUAAGCAAGAAUGAACAUUUGACGCCGAAGAGAAAUUUCUUUGAGGAAAAUUUCAAGGACGUGGAGCAAGGGCAGCACCAGGAGUUGGCUCUAGUGUCUCCUGAGCAGCAAGGUGACAACGAGAAGAAGUCCGACAUUUGUAUCGAGGACCCUGACGAAUCAACGUGGAAAAUCGAUCUUGACAAUUUGGAGGGAGAUUUCGAGCAAGCAGAUGGAGUAAGCCAAAUAAACAAUAGGUCUAUGGACGACGACAGUACAAUUCAAGAGAAAAAGACGUGGGCGGCUGCGUGGGCAAGGUGGAUUGUUCUUGCUAUAGCUCUUCUACUGGUUUUGAGUAUUGCCAUCGCUGCAAUAAUGUCAAAAAAAGGGGAAUCAGAGGCUAAUGUUGCAAAAGACGGACAGUUAGACGUCGUGCUACCAACUCCCGUGGCUUCUUCAGAAAUGCCAACUUCUGCACCAUCCACAAAAAUGCCAACAAAACUACCAACUUUGUCGCCAACACGACUAUUAUCCCAUGCUCCAUCAGAAAACGACCCGAUUUUGUCUCAGCUACAGAUACUCUCCGGCAACGCACUUGUCGAGCACGACUCAGUUCAGAAUAUGGCGUAUACCUGGCUUCUCGAAGAUGACCAAGCGAAGGGUGACCUGAUGACGCUAGAACCUGAUCACAUCAUCCAGCGCUAUGUUUGUGCUCUAUUGUAUUUUGCUCUCAACGGGGAAAAUUGGUAUUCACAACUUAAUUUCCUUGCAAGUGAUUCAGUUUGCGAAUGGAACGACGGAAACGGCAACGGUGUUUAUUGCAAUGGUUUUGGAAAUGUAUCUAGAAUCACAAUAUCUGCCAACAACUUGGGCGGCAAGCUUUCACCCGAGAUUGGUUCGCUUCCGUUCCUUAAAGAGUUGAGGCUUCGUGGCAAUAGCAUCGUUGGUCAGAUGCCGAUUGCACUUUCGAACCUGCAUGAACUGCAAAUGUUGGAGCUUUCAAGCAAUGAUCUUACAGGUCCUAUUCCAGAAUUCUCUCCCUUGCAAAACGAUCUGUACCAUUUGUCGAUCAAUGACAAUCGUUUGAGUGGUAAUAUUCCCAAAUCAAUAGGAUCCCUACAAGGACUUCUCUACUUGGACAUCCAUAACAAUGUCUUGAGUGGAUCGCUUCCGCUUUCACUUGGCCUCCUUCCAAGGCUUGUGACUUUUUAUGCUUCCAAAAAUCAAUUGACUGGUGCGAUCCCGGAGUUUGAAGACAAUCUUGGGCUACUGCAAGUCCUUGAUCUUUCCAACAACGAGAUAAGUGGACAGCUGGACCACUUGUUUUCUGCAGAUGGUCCCAAACGAUUGGCUGAGGUGAACUUAGACUCAAAUGGCCUGACCGGAACGCUACCUUCUUCUCUGGAUUCCUACACUUUUCUUACAAGCAUUUCCAUGGCACACAAUCAGUUUUCAGGAUUGCUAACCCCUGAAUUUUCAGGAAUGAAGCGUCUGAAGAGGCUGCUUCUCAACCACAACAACUUUUCUGGUUCUGUUCCAAAUGGUUUAGCUGGUCUUGGAUCUCUCGCCGAACUUAGGGUUGACCACAAUCAAUUUGAUGGCGAUUUGGACGAGCAUUUCUGUAGUCCCUCGAAUGCUCUGACCUUGACCACUUUUGCAGCGGACUGUAGGGCAGAGGAUCCAGCGGUUACUUGCAGCUGCUGUACUUCUUGCUGCCAUGCCAGUCUCGGGUGUGUAGAUGUCUAA